AUGAUGAGGUCCUUACUUUCUCCCCUUUCCCUCUUCUUGGUCCUAUCUCUCAUCUUACUACCAAACACGAUGGGAGUCAAAGAAGAGGAUUUCAAGAAAUGUUCCCAAUCAUCUUUCUGUAGGAGAUUACGAUCCAUCGCCAAUAAACAGGAAUCAGCACCGAGCGGUACUUUCAAUUCACCCUAUUCGUUAUCACCUCCUCAAGCUAUCCAAGAUGGAGCUUGGAAAUGGCCAUUGAAGUCCUCUUUGUACCCCGAAAUCAAAUUCGAACUUCGUGCUGAUGUCUUGGCUGAAGGUGAUGGUAUGAUAAGGCUUAGAAUAGAUGAAAUUGAUUCUACAACCCCUUUUAAAAGAUAUCACGAAACUGCUCGUUGGGCAUUGCUCGAUACAAAUCCAUCUCUAUCUUCAUCAGCUACUAUCAAAACUACAUCCGGAAAAAGUACUAUCACCUAUGGGCCUUCAAGCUCGAAACUUUCUUUGGAGAUCCAACAUUCACCACUGAAGAUCACCCAGUUGAGAAAUGGUAAACCGGAAAUCGUAUUUAACGAAAGAUCGUUAUUCCACAUGGAACAUUUCAGGAUCAAGGAUGUUGAGAAAACCGAAGAGAUCCUGAGUGAAUCUGAACAAGUGGUUCUGAAAGGUGAAGAACAGGAUAGAAGUUGGUUUGAGGAGAGUGAUAUAGAUGCGUUUGAAGAGACUUGGAAGAAAUGGAAGGAUAGUAAACCAAAAGGUCCUGAAGCAUUUUCUCUUGAUCUUACUUUCCCCGGUGUCAAGCAUGUCUAUGGUCUUCCUGAACAUGCCUCGCCCCUGUCUCUUCCUGAUACCUUAGGCCCAAACGCACAUUACUCUGAUCCUUACAGAUUGUACAACGUCGACAUCUUCGAAUAUCUCGCCGACUCACCGAUGUCACUUUACGGAGCUAUCCCCUUACUUCAUGCCCAUUCUACCGAUCAUUCCGUUGGUGUACUCAAUCUGGUCGCAUCCGAUACAUUCGUAGAUGUCCGACAUGACACUGAUGCCGUGAGGACACAUUGGGUAUCGGAAUCCGGUAUCUUAGAUAUCCUCUUAUUACCUGGACCAAGACCUCAACAGCUCUUCGAACAAUAUGCUGUACUUACUGGACCUACAUCUUUACCCCCUCAAUGGUCUACAGCCUAUCACCAAUGUCGAUGGAACUAUAACGACGAAGAUGACGUUUUGCAGGUAGAUAGGAAGUUUGAUGAAGCUGAUAUCCCCCUGGAUGUGACUUGGUUGGAUAUUGAAUAUGCAGAAGAACAUAGAUAUUUUGAUUGGAAUAAUAAAUUUUUCCCUGACCCUGUUAAGAUGAUUGAUGCUGUUGCGAGUAAAGGUCGAAAGAUGGUAGCUAUCAUUGAUCCCCACAUCAAGAAAACCGAUUCGUUCAGAAUAUAUUCCGAUGCCAAAGAUUUGGAUGUGCUCAUAAAGAAAUCGGAUGGAAAUAAUUUCGAAGGUUGGUGUUGGACCGGAAGCAGUGUUUGGGUAGAUUUCUUUAAUGAGAAAUCUUGGACUUGGUGGACGAAAAUGUUCGAUUUCAAGACUUGGAAGGAUUCGACGAGCGCUCUAUUCAUCUGGAAUGAUAUGAAUGAGCCAUCCGUAUUUGACGGUCCGGAGAUCAGUAUGCCAAGAGAUAAUAUUCAUGCUGGGGGAUGGGAACAUCGAGAUGUACAUAAUAUCAAUGGUAUGAUGUUCCACAACCAAACUGCCCAUGCGUUAAUUGCAAGAGAAACGCCGGCCAAAAGACCUUUCGUACUUUCCCGAUCUUUCUUCGCUGGCUCGCAAAGAUAUGGCGCUAUAUGGACUGGUGACAAUCUCGGAGACUGGGAACACCUUGCCGGUGAGACCGCCAUGUUGCUCUCCAACAACAUCGCAGGGAUGGUUUUCAGUGGAGCCGACGUCGGUGGAUUCUUUGGCAAUCCAACAUCCGAGCUCCUGGUGAGAUGGUAUCAAGCGGGAGCGUUUAUGCCAUUCUUCCGAGCUCAUGCGCAUAUCGAUACCAAACGACGUGAACCGUAUCUGUUCGAUGAACCUAUCAGGGGUUAUCUGAGGGAUAUCAUCCGAUUGAGAUACCAAUUGUUGCCCGUGUGGUAUAAUGCUUUCCACGAUUCCAGUCUGACCGGUGUACCCAUCAUGAGACCUCAAUAUGCUGUCUUCCCAGAAGAUGAGCAAGGGUUUGCCAUCGAUGAUCAAUACUACAUCGGUGGUUCAGGAUUACUCUUCAAACCCGUUGUGCAAGAAGGUGCGGAGACAAGUCAAGUAUACAUCUCUGACGCUCAGCCAUACUACAACUACUUCACUCGUCAUCUCUAUCCUGCUCAUGCCCGCCAGACUGUCUCUCUAUCUACACCCUUGUCCACGUUCCCUCUCCUCAUUCAAGGUGGAUCCAUUGUCCCCUCAAGACAGAGAGUCAGAAGGUCAUCGCCUUUGAUGUGGCAAGACCCAUUCACAUUGACCAUCGCCUUAUCGAAAGAAGGUAAAGCUUCAGGUCAAUUGUACUUGGAUGAUGGUGUAUCAUAUGGAUACGAACAAGGAGAAUACAUCUGGAGGAAAUUCCAAUUCGACGGUAAAUCUUUGUCAUCGACUUCUAAGACCAAUACUCCAGCAUCAUCAGAAGAGAAAGGGGUAGUAUCGUACGAUGCAGACAACAAUACCUGGGCUCAAGCGGUCUCUCACGUCAAGAUUGAGAGUAUCAUCGUGUUAGGAUUGACCCAUAAACCGAAAUCCAUCAAGAUCGGUGGACAGGAAGUAGAUUGGGUGUAUGAGAAUGGAGUAGCUUCCAAUGGUAAGAAAGAAGGACAGAGUAGUUUGUUGAAGAUUAAGAAUCCUGGGGUGGGCGUAGUGGGAGAUUGGGAGAUUGCGUUCAGUUAG